UUUACUCUAACUUUCCUGGUGCAGUGUCAAUAAUAAUAUUCAAUACAGUUAAAUAAAAGCUACAAAACAUGUGCUUUUCUAGAUACUGGGAAAAGUGGCAAUAGACUUUCCCAGACAUAAGGAAAAUGAACUCAAGUACAUAAUACAUCUCAGCUAAGCUUCAUAUAUGAUCAAUCUCUCAUUGAACAAUGAGAUUACAAUUGAUCAUUACUUUGAACAAUGGAUGAAAAGGGUAUCUUAUUAAACCAUAUAAGGACGAAAGUCAAUGAUUUGCUGUGUUUAGCUAGAAUUUAUAUUACAUUAAAAUUUAUGCUACACAUCAGUAACAAGAUUCCAGCAAGAGAUGUCUGAACAUUGAAUAAGAUCCCUAUGUAAGUAAUAAACAUUUUAAAAAAUCCUACAAACAAGAAAAAUAUUUAAAUCGACAUUCAAAUUGUACUGACUAGUUGAGUAAUCUAUUUAGUCACAAGAUUAUUUGAUAAGUUCCAUGAAGUUAAAAAGUGAAAACUAAACAUGUUUAAGAUCACAAAAACACUUCCUUAUAUGUGUCCGUUUUGUAAAAUACUCGUUUCAUCUCAGUGGAAAAUGAGGAAUCAUAUAUUGGAACAUACGGGUGAACGUUCCUUUAAAUGUUUGAUAUGUGAUAAAACAUUUAUGCAUGUGACUCAAGUAAAGAGACAUUUGUUGAAACAUACUGGGGUGAGGCGAUUAACUUUUAAGUGCAAUAUAUGUGGAAAAUCCUUCACAAACAAAAGCUAUAUGAAGAAACAUAAAAUGGUUCAUACUGGAGAGCGACCUUAUAAGUGCACUACAUGUGGGAAAUCCUUCAUAGCCAAAUCCAUAUUGAGAGAACAUACAUUGGCUCAUACUGGAGAGCUACCUUAUAAGUGUGAUACAUGCGGAAAAUGCUUUGCAGCCAAAAGAUUCUUAAAUCGACAUACAUUGGCUCAUACUGGAGAGCUACCUUAUAAGUGUGACACAUGUGGAAAAUCCUUCAUAACCAAAUACAAAUUGAGAUUACAUACAUUGGCUCAUACUGGAGAGCUACCUUAUAAGUGUGAUACAUGCGGAAAAUGCUUUGCAGUCAAAACUCGUUUGAAAAAACAUACAAUGGUUCAUACUGGAGAGCGACCUUAUAAGUGUGACACAUGUGGAAAAUCCUUCAUAACCAAAUACAAAUUGAGAGAACAUACAUUGGCUCAUACUGGAGAGCUACCUUAUAAGUGUGAUACAUGCGGAAAAUGCUUUGCAGCCAAAAGAUUCUUAAAUCGACAUACAAUGGUUCAUACUGGGGAGCAACCUUUUAAGUGUGAUACAUGUGGAAAAAAAUUUAGUGUAAAAAAAAAUUUGAAGAAACAUACAAUGAUUCAUACUGGAGAGCGACCUUAUAAGUGCACUACAUGUGAAAAAUCCUUCACAAAGAAUAACAAAUUGAGAGAACAUACAUUCACUCAUACUGGGGAGCGACCUUAUAAGUGUGAUACAUGCGGAAAAUUCUUUGCAGCCAAAAGUGUCUUAAAUCGUCAUACAAUGGUUCAUACUGGGGAGCGACCUUUUAAGUGUGAUACAUGUGGAAAAACGUUUAGUUCCAAAUACAACUUGAAACAACAUACAAUGGUUCAUACUGGGGAGCGGCCUAAGUGUGCUACAUGUGGAAAAUCCUUCACAACCAAUAACAAAUUGAGACAACAUACAUUGGCUCAUACUAGAGAGCAACCUUAUAAGUGCAAUACAUGAGGGAAAUCCUUUAAAAACAAAAGCAAUAUGAAUGAACAUACAUUGGUUUAUUCUGUAGAACAACCUUAUAAGUGUACUACACGUGGAAAACCCCUCAAAACAAGAACAAAUAGGGAGCAACAUACAUUGAUUCAUACCUUAGAGUGACCUCACAAGUGCAAUUCAUGCGGAUAAUCCUUCACAACCAAUAGCAAAAUGAAGAAACAUAUUAUAUUGGCUUAUACUAGAGAGCGAUCUGGAGAGGUGCUCCAGGUAUGCAAACCUCUAGAGUAUUAUAAACUAGGUAGCGUUCGCAGAGGCAUCCACAAAAUUGAGCGGAGUCAUCAACAGUUCAUAUUAUAUUGUUUUUGUCAUACUGCAGUAAAAACAGUCGUUUUUAAUGCACGCGUUUCGGGUCUUAAGUAGCAAUUUUACUCUUUAGGGAGUAAAAAUCGUUUUUUAGCCUCUAUGGAGUAAAUAUCAGCUGUUGUCAACUCAGUUGUAAAUUUCGAUUGUAAACAAUUGCAUGUAUCGAAAAUAUGUAUCGAUUCGUGCUUCAUAAUCAUUUUUACCUACAGUAGAGAAGACAACAUUUUUGCGGAUAUAAAUAAUAGGAUAAUUAGUUUGGCUAUACAUUGUUUUGUAGUUAAGGGGAGUAAUAACACAGAGAUGUCAUUUUAGGUCUUUUAGGAAGCCCGCAUUUACAUUUCAAGUUUAAAACCUCUGGGAUGGUCAUUAGCUUUUUCUCAAAUAUGGCGUUACAGUUCCAGCUAUUGAUAAUCUAGAAAUCAACCCUUACAGUUUCGGAUUCAACCAUUUUGGCUAAAUCAGUAACUGCAUUAGAGGACUUCAUGUGAUGGUGAUUAUAUAAGCAAAAACACAAAAUACAUGAGAUUCUCUCAAAUCUGCGACCUUCAUAACUACUAAAACAUAACUAACCAGCCAAUUAUCUUAGUAUACUCGGUAAAAAAUUGUGUUUUUUACAAUAUUAAAUAUAUAGAUUGACUUAAAAGCAAUCAAUAAAGCAAUACGGUGAGCUCUCCGGACAGCUCACCUUUACUACUUCCUCCAACACUUCCUACGUCACGGACCUGUUUCCCUCCCUUCCCAUAGCAUUUUCGGAUUACAGGUACCUUAAUCUAAUCGUCAUACAAAGUUCCCACAUUCCGGACUGCUCGCCUUUACUACUUCCUUCAACACUUCCUAUGUCACGGACCUGUUUCCCUCCCUUCACUUAGCAUAAUUGGAUUGCAAAUACCAAUCUAUUGAUCAUAAACAGAUCCAACACUCGGGAUAGCUCACCUUUACUACUUCCUUCAACACUUCCUACGUCGCGGACCUAUUUCCUUCCCUUCCAAUAGCAUUUUAGGAUUGCAGAUACCGUAAUCUAUUUGUCACAAAGUUCCCACAGUCCGGACUGCUCGCCUUGACUACUUCCUUCACCACUUCCUACGUCGCGGACCUGUUUCCUUCCCUUCCAAUAGCAUUUUUGGAUUGCAGAUACCUUAAUCUAAUCGUCAUAAACAGUUCCCACACUCCGGACAGCUCGCCUUUACUACUUCUUUCACCACUUCCUACGUCGCGUACCUGUUUUCCUCCCUUCCCAUAGAAUUUUAGGACUGCACAUACCUUAAUCUAAUCGUCGUAAACAAUUUUUACACUCCAGACUGCUCAGCUUUACUACUUCCUACGUCACGGACCUCAAGCUAGUGUCGUCAUUUUAUUAUAUUUAUGAUCCAUACCGUUUCUGUUCUAAUAUCUGUGGAAUAAUGCUAUCAGCUAUUUCUUUAUCUACUGCAUUCAAAAGUCAACAGCUGAUCAUAUGGCUUUGUUUAUGUGUCAAAUACUGCUUCCAUAAGGAUAACAUUGAAACUUUGCGACCCAGUGGGGCGGAUUCCUUAGAGACUUUUUUAACGCCGUAUAGAUGUUGGCACUCACCGAUAUGGUCUUUAUCCCCAUGCAAAAUUUGAAAACGAUUGAUCCAGCCGUCUAGGAGGAGUUUGCGUAUUGCGAAAUGCAUAAGAGUCGACGUAUAAGAGCUUCGCUCGUUCCGCUCAAUUAUAAAAGAUUUGAAGAAAUCUACAUUGGUUCCAAUGGGAGAGGGAAUUUAUGUGCAUUAUGGGAAAUAAAUAAUUUACACCUAAGUACUAUUUAGGGGAACAUAAAUUACUACAUACCAGAGAGCAAAUUUACAUGUGCAGAACACGCAAAAUUCCCGUUUACUUAUUAAUAUAAUUUCCACUAAAAUUUUCCCUUUAAAUUGUCAGAUUUGUUUAAUAUUUAAAUAACGUUAAUUCAAAUGGGUACUUAGGUUUUUUUGCUA